UGGAAACGGAGCCUGGCCAUCUCCGAUAUCCAACCCCUCUAUCCGCUCCGAAAACUUCUUCGAUCGCUCAGGCGAUCGACAGGUCUCCUUGGGUGCAUCGGUGCCCCUUCGCUUCGCACUCAUGCCGCGCAUGCCUGAGCCCUUGAACGGCCCCUUGCGCCUUUGUGGAGUCUUAUCCAGUCACGUGGGCGAUGAGAAGCGGCUGAAGCGUUUGGAGCAUUGCUUCGACUCCAUCGCCCAGCAGACCCAAGCGCUGGCGGGCUUCUUCGUUGUCUGGUCGUCGCCGGAGUCCUUGGCUCCCAAGGUGGAAGCGUUGUUGGCCUCCCUCCAGGAGCAUGUCCACGUGAAGACGUUGCGGCAAGACCGGCGAACCUCUCAGUUCUACGACAUCCGAUGGCUCUAUCAGGAGUACAUCUCCAAGGAGCCGCCCAACACGUGGCUCCUCUUCUCCGACGACGACGACCUCUGGGGCCCCGAGCGGGUGCGCCUCUAUGGCGCGGUCGUCGACCGACACGGGCGGCAGCCGGGCGUGACGGGCGUCUGUGCCACCCACAAGGUCCGUCCCAAGCAUCGGACGGACGUGGCCACGAGCGCGUCGAUGGUCGAGCAGCAACUGGCCAAAGGUGCCGCCAUGCACUGUGGUGGGGUGCAUCAAGAGGAGGAGUUCUUCGACUUUGCCUGUCCGACGGGAAGCCUGGGCGCGUUCCUGGAGAUCUGCAACGACGAAACCCUGCUACAUCCCUUCUGUGAUCUUCGCUUCACGCGGUUCUUACAGGAAUACUACGAGGGAGGAAAGGUGAUGUAUUUUCCCACGGACCAGACCAAUCCUUGGGUCUACUACUACUCCACGGCCUAUCGCUCGCCGGAGGAUGCUGCCACCUAUGAGCAGUUUGUCAAGCAAGACCAAGCCAGUACAGUGGUGAGGAGUCGAAAGGAAGAUCGAAUGCGAGCAGAAGAACUCUGCAAAAAAAUGGGCGGAGCUUACUGGGGUAAGGCCGAGAGGGGUCCUGAUAAAGAGGAGUUGGACGAGAUGACGGAUUUUGUGGCCGCCUUGAGACAGAACAUCGAGGCGAUUCUCAUCCGGCACUUUCCUGAGACGCCCAUGAAGACGGGGGAAAUGAAGCGCAUCGCAGUGGGACAGGCCUCAGGUGCGUCGCAUCGGGAUGAAAGGGAGGUGCCUGGGGCCCAGAUUCUUCCAACAACAGACUCCUUGUCACAUCAUAAGAAUCUUUGGGGUUCAAACCACUUUAAAAUCUUCGAAUCUUUCAGGUUUGUGAUGUUGAUGGCGAUCCUUUAGGACUCUCAUCAACGUCGCUGGGUGAAGACCAUUCCGGCCAGAUCUUCCAUUCGAUUCGUCACGUCCUCACCCUCGCUGUGUGGCCGGCAGAUCGAAAGGAAAGGGAACUCCCUUCCACCGUCCACACCAGCGCUGGUCGCGUUUCGGAGUCGUCCCGGACUGGUGGUUUUCUAUGGUUUUUCUUGUCCUCCCUUUGGUUCCGGCCCCAUGCCAUGCCCCCGGAAACCACCACCACGCGGGUUCACCGAGGGGUCCGCAGCCGCCGGGUCCGAAGCCGCCGGGGCGGCUUUCCUCGGUCGGGGAAGACGAGGCCAGUUUUUCGCCCUGAAGUUGGCGGAAGAGUUGGCCCGGCAAGCGUGCAGCUCCUUCGGCAUUCGCCUCGAAUAGGGAACCGUGGCCGAAAAAGAGGAGCGAUGUCGUGGAACUGGGAGCGAUCUCGUGCUCACGGGCGAUGGCGUGGGUCGAGUCCGAACUCGGUCGCUCGAACGGAUGGCUGGGAAGCAGGCUGUGAUGGUUCAGAUCCUUUUCGAUUUGGAAGAUCCCUCGACCAGCCAUCGCAAGUUUGUAGAGUUUGUAGUUGUUGGUGUUCUUUUCUGGAGAUUAGACUAUUGCCGGGUUCCAACCGUGACCAACCCGAUGGUCACGAAAUGUGCUUACACUCCUGCUCCAGGAGUGGAGUGGCGCCUACUCAAGAAAAGGUGUAGGGGGUGUAGGGGGCGGGCUGAAAAGAAGGUUUUUAAGUAAAAUAGAACGAUCUAUUUCUGCAGAUCGCAUCCUGCUUCUGAUGUAGCUUCCGAAUUGUUCAGCACAUUAGCACCGACCCCCGUUUUUUCGACUUGUGCACAUGUCACAUAGGAACGUGUACCAAAGGUGUCGGAUAGAAACUCCACAAAGACAGAACACCGAAAUGGUUCCCCUAGGUGUUGGGCUAGGAUCUGGCACAUGGCACAUGGCACUGACCAGCAAUCCCUAGUGCAGGGGCUCUUUUUUAUAGAGUUUUGCAUCGUUGCAUUGGACAAGCAUCGUGGGGUGUUGAAGAGAAGAACAGUUGUAAACGGUGGAGGAAAGAAAUGGAUAGAUCAAGCAGUCGUGGUUCUUUGAACGGUCUUCAUGCGCAAGACCUUUUGUGAAUACAGCAAGUUUCACCAGGUUCAAUAGAUGUCCCAUCCAAUUGCGGGCUGCGUCCUGACAGUCAUGCAUCCGCACUUGGUGGAAGCCCCUGGCUCAAGCCAUCUGCUCACGCCCAAAUCCCCAGCACCCUGUCACGCCACGUCCCAUG